CAAAUGUCACCGAGCCCGCUGACGCUGCGUACACUGACCUCUUGCUGCUGCACAAAAAGGGUAUACCGCUGACGAUCAUCUCCGGUCCAUGAAGCAUAGAGAUAUGCGGUAUUGCCGGUGCUAUCACGUUUAUAUGGUCCCCGACCGAACUUGCGUCUACUGACGAAGCCCUCAUUUCGCUCGCGUGGCCCUAUCUGGCUGGUAUAAAUCGACCGGGGGACGAGCCCAUCGCACCCCCAUCUCUUCUGUAUUGAGAUUUUGCAGCAAGUCAGCCACAAUCGUCCCCACUAUGGUUAGAAACAGGUCUCUUCGUUACGUCUCCCACCCCGAGAAGGGCAUCGAACCUGCCGUGCACUUCAAGCUCGUCGAUGACGAGAUUGACCUGGACAACGCCCCACUGAACGGCGGUGUGCUGCUCAAGACGCUCUACGUCAGCAGCGACCCUUACAUCCGUUACCGCAUGCGCGACCCAGAGGUGCAGACGUUCUGCCCACCGAUCCAGCUCGGCGACCCAGUCGACAAUGGUGGGGCUGGACAGGUGGUCCGCAGCGAGGACCCUAACUUCAAACCGGGAGACUAUGUAGCUGGUUACCUCGAGUUUGCCGAGUACUCCGUCUAUCCUGGGAGGAUCAAACACUUCUACAAACGGCCGCUCAGAAAGGUGCAGAAGCUGCCGAAUGUACCCCUCUCGAUCUAUCUCGGGACGCUGGGUAUGCCUGGUACGACGUCGUACCAAGGAAUUAAGUACUUCGCUUCCGGGAGGCUCAAAACAGCUAAGACGAUAUUUGUGUCUGGCGGCGCAGGCCCGGUCGGAACGUUUGUCAUCGAGUACAUCAAAGUGCUCGCGCCGCACAUCAAGGUCAUCGCCUCCGCUGGCAGUCCAGAGAAGAUCAAGAUUCUGAAAGACGUUGGAGCUGACGUCGCGUUCAACUACAGGACAGAAGAUACGGCCAAGGUCUUGGAGACGCAUGGACCCAUCGAUAUCUACUGGGACAAUGUCGCGGGCUCGACGCUCGACGCCGCAGUCAAGAAUUCCAGCACAGGAGGCUUGAUCAUUGCAUGUGGCGCAAUCAGCCAAACAAGCCAUGACGCAAACAGUGUGGUCAGGAACUUUGACGAAGUCUUCAAGCGCAGUCUCACCGUACACGGCUUCGUCGUGUUCCAAGGCGAGUCUGCAGUGGUCGUGCCAAAGUUCCAUGAGGAGAUCAUCCCGCUUGUCGCCCAGGGCAAGAUCACUAGCCGCGAGCACCGGUAUCAUGGGCUUGAAGAGGCCGGCAAAGCUCUCGCUGAUGUCCACUCCGGUGGUAACACCGGCAAAGCAGUGAUUGUGGUAGCCGAAGAAUGAAUAUUGUAAGAUGCUUCGCUGCGUCGCGCAGCUCACGCUCGGGCGUAAGUACUCGCCACGUGUACGAUAUGUCGAAUAUCUGUUCAAUGUAGUUGAGUCAUGCAGCGUAUGUAAAUACAUGUUCAAAAUUCCUCAAAGAACGUUAUAGCCACUGUUUCACUGUCUUCUAAGUGUAUAGUGGAUUCGACC